AUGAGCUCCGACAUCUACCUCCGCACGGCCUCACGUGCGGAUUCGUGCGCCGAGUCCACAAUCGCUGAGCCGGCAGCGGCCCACGUCGCCGACCUGCGCCACAUCUGCACCAACCUAGAUUGCGACACUCUCACCAUUAGCGAAGCACUUACCAUCCUUCCAAAGCCGGAGCUGGCCCACAAGCACGAACCCAUCCUCGACUCGCCCCUCAGCGAAAAGUGCGAAGCCGACGAACGAGGUGCUCUCCCAGCUCUUCCCGACCCCAAUGCAGAUGUCUUCGCCUCACUCCCACCGGUAGAUCGAGGACGACACGCGUGGACGUUCCUCGUCGGUGCGACCGUCAUGGAGACGAUCGUGUGGGGCCUCCCCUACAGCGUGGGCGUGCUGCACGCAUACUGGGCACACGAGAUGUUUCCGGGUAACGUGAGCACCAUCACACUUGCGGCGACACUCAUGAACGGACUACUCCUUGUUGCGGCAGGCCUCUUCGCCCCCGUCCUCGCCUUCUUCAGCUACCACACCGUGUACAUUCAGUUGGUGGGCCUCGUGUGCGGUACCGCCUCGCUCGUGUGCAGCGCAUUCGUCACGCGAGCUUGGCACUUGAUCAUUACGCUCGGGUUCCUGUAUCCUCUCUCGAUGUUGAUGUGGCUCCCAUGCGCAACGUACCUGUACGAGUGGUUCCAUGCUCGCCGCGGUCUCGCCUUCGGCAUUCUGUGCGCCGGUGCCGCUAUUGGCGGCACUGUGUUCCCACUCAUGGGGGAGGCGCUGUUGAAGGGCGUCGGUUACAAGGGAACAAUGUACGCCCUGGGCGGGAUAUUUGGUGGCGCGAACGUGAUUGCCAUGUUCUUCGUCAAGCGUCGGAUUCCCCUCCCCUCUCGUCGCAGCACCGGUGCCAGGCCGGCAGCAUGGCCGAAGCUCGACUACGGCUUCCUCCGCCAACGGGCAGUGUAUGUCAUGGGCGGAUGGGUGCUGCUCUCUGCCAUGGCGUCCUUCCUCCCCUCUCUGUGGAUGCCCGUCUUCGCAACCGACAUCGGGGCCAUGAACGGCACCUCCCUCGUCGCCAUCAUGUACGCCGCCAGCGUUGUCGGCAGCAUCAUGAUGGGAUGGCUCGUCGACAGAUACCAGCCGCGCAUUGUCGUCUCGUGUGCAUGCGGGACGGCCGGCCUUGCCGCGUGGCUGCUCUGGGGCUUUGGAACCAACGACGGCCUGUUGGUGACGUUCUGCAUCAUCUGGGGCCUUACCGCACUCUGCUCGGCCGCAGUGUGGGGGAGAAUGAUCCACCACAUCGCAAAGGACGACCACAUGCUCCCCGGUUUAAUCACAAGCCUCAUGAUCAUGCUCCGAGGCAUCGGGAACUUUGUUUCUGGGCCGCUGUCGACCGCUCUAAUGAACCAAGGAGCGCUAAAAGGUGCCAUGGGCGCAUACAAGACCAACUAUGGUGCCAUGCUCAUGUUCACCGGAGCAGUUACGUUUGUUGGUGGUGUAACAAGUAUUGGCUUCCCAAAGGUGCGCGGAGGAUGA